AUGUUUACACUUUAAAUAACGGAUUGUAGAUUUAUUGAUGAUGUGGAUCAAAUAUGCAAAUUUGAUGAAGCUCGAAAUUUAUGUUUGAAAAGAAGAAGUGAAAUUGAUACCGUUAGUACGAAUCUUAAUAUGCAAAUCAAAAAUUAUAUUGAUGGAGAAGUACUAAUCAUGCUUUAACUUAGGAUUAAUAUCUGAGAGAGGUCUAGGUGAAGGGCGAACAAUUGAAUUAAUCCGUUAUGGAGGGGAUAAAAAUAUUAGAAGUAAAAAAGUGAGUUAUGUUUAGCAAUUAAAAGUGCCAACCCACAUAGAUUUAGAAUUGAAUUCUGCUUAAAAAGAAUUUAAAAACAUAGAAUUAAAAUUGAAAUAAACUGAAGAAUAAAAGAAAUGGGCUGAGCAAGAGACUAUAAAAUAAAAAGCAAAACUAAUAAAAUUAAUUGAAGAAAUUUAACUUUCUAUACUAAGUAAUAUAAAUGAUAUCAAAAGAUAAACUUGAUGUUCCUGAACCAGAUAAUAAGACUGGGAUAAUUUUUAACUGGGUUAUAGGCUGUUUAUUGAAGAAGAAGAAAGGACCAAUAUAACUUGCAGAAGAACUUAAAUUAAAAGUUGAAAAAAUUCAAUUAUAGCCUGAAUCUAUUAUAAAUUAGCCAGCUCCACCUUAGAGCACAGGAAUAUUUGCUUGCGGAGGUAGAAAACCUCUUUCUAGUUCAAGGCCAAUAAAGAGAGUGGCCUUAUCAGAGGAGGAAUCAAAAAUGUAUGAAAACUUAUUUGCUUGGAAAGCGAUUAAAUAGCACAUUUUUCAUCAAGAUUUCAAAUUUUAAGAGAAAGUGCAAUAAUUCACAUAAGAAUAUGACAAAUUAGAAUCUUUUUAAAUUAUGUUGGUAGAUGAAUUGGUCUCAGAGAAAAAGGAAGUAAUAAAAGGAAUAUAUGAUAUUGAUAUCAAAGAUCAAGCAAGAAUUAUUAUUGAAAUAAAUGAGAUAGUUUUAUUUUUAUUGAAAGAGAACUAGAAUUUGAAAGAAUAAUAAGAAAAAGAGAAGGAAUUCGAAUAAUUAGAUUAAGGAAUUAGAUAGAAGGAAGUAGAGAUAGAGAUUAUGUAGAAAGAAAAAUCGUAUCAUGCUGCAAAAGAAAAAAGAAUAUCAAGUUUGAAAAGUACAAUGUCUUUGCUUUCUGCAACAAGUUAAAAAGUUGCAGAUUUCUGUAAAGAAAAAAUGGUCUCAAAUGAUUAAAUUAUUGCCUAAAUCGAAGUAAUAAAAUCUCAAGGAUUAUCAAAAGAAUUGAAAGUGUUCUAAGAUGUUGAGGAUAUAUAUAGAAGAAAAAGAUAAUCAUAUGAAGAAUAGUUGCUGAGUUAGCAGUAGAAGGAAGAGGAAAGAAGAGCACAGGAAGAAGCUGAAAGGAAAGAAAAGGAAGGAGAAGAUCAUAAGCAAAAAGCUAUUCCAGACUCAAAUGAUUUAGAUAGGUCAAAUUAAUAACAUCAAGAAGUAACAUCAUUUAUAUUUUAAGGAAGAUAACAUUUAAGCACAAGAAGACAAAGAUGAAGUUGAGGAUUCUGAUUAUGUAGACUCUGAUGAGAGUGAUCAAGAUGGAGAAAAGUAAGAUUGGAUUGUAAUUAAUAUAAAUAAUAAUUAGGUCCUUGCUGAUGAUCCUUAAACUAAGCACAUUUAAAAGACUUUGUUCCCUGAUAAAGUAAAAACAGCAGAAAAUAAAAAUCUUGUUAAACAAAAAAACUAAGGGGAAUCUUUAAAAAUCUUAAUGUAAAAAAGAAAGAAGAAUUGA